AUGAAGAGAGAUAAUCUCAUACUUUUUUGGAGGGAUUUACCUAAUGCUGAACCACGAGUUGCAACCAGUGAACUGGCUCUUUUGCCCGAGAUGAGGUUGGCUAAGGUGAGAGCGACAAGUACCAUCCACGUGUCAGCAGGGAGUGAAUUUCUCAAUCAUGAAUUUUCUUACAAGUGCGGGCAAGAACUUCUACUAUCAAGUCUCUCUAUUUUGUUGAAGGAAUUAGAGGUCUUUCAUUUGGAUUUUCUUACAAAUGAGGGCAGAGAGCCAAUGACCUUGCUGGCGAAGCUAGAGAGGAGUUUGGAUUAUCCAUGUAGAGUUGCAGAGAUGGCUUGUGGCGGUGAAGCUUUGGGUGUUGAAGUUGGCUUUGAGAGAAGGCAAAGUUUAUGA